ACAAGAUAGAGCAAUGAAACAAAAACAUUGAACCACGUGAAUCAAUAAUGGCAGACAAAACAGUGAACAGAAAAGGUGAAGAGCAAUGGCUACUUCUUUGGAAAGUGACUCUCAUUAUUCCUGGAAGGUAGCCUUCAUUUAUGUUUUUAAUUUGAUUGUUGGUGCUGGUGCAUUAGCCCUUCCACAAGCAUUUGCUCAGACAGGAUGGGCACUUGGUAUUGUAGCGAUUGGUGUUCUAGCUAUCAUGAGUUAUUGUACAAGUACGUUUAUGAUAGAAGCUAUGUCAAUUGGAAAUGCUGUUCUAAGAAUUAAACGUGGUCAACAAUCAGCAAAUGCACAACAAACUGAAGCAGAUGUUAUCGACAGUGAUGAUGACGAGGUUGAAUUCAAACCAGCAGAAGACUCUCCACUGAUGAUAAAUUCUUAUUCUUCAGAUCCUGGAGAUGAGGACUUGUAUGAAAUUACAACCAAAGUUGAAUUGGGACAAUUGGCUAACAUGUUUUUUAACAAAGUUGGUUUAAUUCUUUAUUAUAUCGUGAUUGCGUUGUACCUCUAUGGUGAUCUUGCCAUCUAUGCAGCUGCAGUACCAAAGUCACUAGCUAGCGUGAUAUGUGGUGGUUCGAAUAUUUUUAACACAACUGAUCGUGCCAAUCAACAGUGCAAGAAUGUCAGUCAACACAUUAGCAACUUGGAUAUGUACAGGAUUAUGUUGGUUGUGUUCGUAGUGUGUCUGUGUCCUUUCGUUUUCUUCAACCUGGCUAAAACGAAGAUGCUCCAAAUGGUCACUACCUUUUUCAGAUGGGCAGCGUUUGUGGUCAUGGUCACACUUGCCUUACUCAGAAUUGGGAAAGGCGAAGGCACCCACAAAGCAAAGAUAUUUGAUGUAAAGAAUUUGCCCAACUUUUUUGGCGUUGCUGUGUAUUCAUUUAUGUGUCAACAUUCUCUUCCUUCCAUCAUCACUCCAGUUGUCAAUAAAACUAAAAUUAACACUAUGUUGUUGGUGGAUUUUGUCAUGGUGGCGACUUUUUACUUUCUUCUCGUCAUCUCGGCUGUUUUCGCAUUUGACAGUAUCGAAGAUUUGUACACCCUUAAUUUUGAGCAUCCUUUGUUUUUUAAGUAUUUCUUAGAUCUGUUCCCAGUUUUCACCUUAUCCACAAAUUUUCCCAUCAUUGGAAUCACAUUGCGUGAAAAUUUAAAAACUUUGUUUUUAAAAGAAGGAAAACGUUAUGGUUUAUUUGUUCGAAGCUACUUGUUCCCGUUACUUACCGUGAUUCCACCAAUCGGAAUAGCUUUUAUAACAUACGACGUCGAACUGUUGGUCAGUAUAACCGGUUCGUACGCGGGCUCCAUCAUUCAAUACGUCAUACCGGUGAUGUUAGUGCUCAUGGGGCGGUUGUAUAUGAAGAAAACUCUUGGUAGUUACGCUAAUAAACAUCGUUCGCCGUUUCGACAAAGAUCUUGGAUUUUUUUUGUGAUAUUCUGGUAUUUUUGUUGCGUUAUAUUUGUCACAAUCAAUCAUAUUAUUUAGUGAGCAUUUUAACUUUUAAGUGGUUUCUGAAGAGAAGAUACCUUAAAAAGGGUUAUCUAGAAUUUCGUGAUUGUAAAUAUUUUGCACACCAGUAAUGCAUUGUUGGCCAGGUAAAUUUAUUUUUUGUAUUAUUUAAUAGAAUUAUUUUACAUCA